UCUAUUUAGAGCGUUCAUCCAGACGCCAUAAUCCUCUUCUUACACUUUCUCCACCUGCUCUUCUCAUUUAACUAAUGACCCUUUUUCUUGUCGUCCUGCUCUGGUCACCUGUUUCCUUUUCUCCUUUCACUACUCUCUAGAGUGACUACAUUGUUGUCCAUCGUCCCUUGAUGCUGCAUUUCCCGGUUCCUCCACUUUCCACCCAUUUCUCGACCCUCAUGCCUCCACUCAUUCCUCUCUCCUCCCUCUGUCCAGUGUUUAUGUUCUCCAGCUCCUGGAAGUCCAAGUGCCGUGCUCCUCCUCCUCCUCCCUCCCUUAAUCUCACACAUUCCCUCACCCAGCCUGUCUCUCUGUCUCUCCUGCCGCUGGGAUGCCUUUGUGCGCCUGAAGCUGUUCUGGAUAUCAGGUCUGUGGAAUCGCCAGAGAAAUUCUGUAGCGGAGGAUUAACCCCGAGCCCAGGGGGACCAUACGUGGACCACCAUGUUGGGCCAGAGUGUGCGGCUGCAGCCGGUGCCCAUCCAGAGCCUGUCAGAGCUGGAGCGAGCCCGCCUGCAGGAAGUGGCCUUGUACCAUUUAGAGGAGAGAGACCUGGACUUCAAGAAAUCCGCAAAUGGAGAAAAUCACUGCGGCGGAAGUUUGACUCCUUCUCCAAAGAAAGAAAGGAACGUGAGUCAACCCCCAAGGCGUUUGGCAUCCCGCUCUCCCAGGUCAUCUCCAACGACCGGGCCUUCAAGCGACGGCAGGACGCCCUGAGGGAGAGCAGGCGCGACUGCUUGGAGCUGGAGUCUAGCAUCCAGAGGUUCAGAGCCGAGAAGCGGCAGUUCUUCAACGGAAACAAGUCUCUUGUCAGUUCGUCCUCCAUUGGUGGCGGAGGUCCAAGUUCACCGUCGGCAAAAGUGGCCCCGGCUCCCUUUGAACUGCAGAGCAAGCCCAUGUCACCCACCUUUCUGGACAACAGUGGACGAGGACAGAGACGGGGCGGCCUUUCGGUCGACUCUAUCUCAGACCUGGUGGACAGCCAGUCCCGCCUGCUGGAGGCGCUGCAGCUCUCUCACCCGGCUGAAUUGGACAUAAAGAAGACAAAUGGAUCAGGGACAAGAACCCAGACCAAGCUCAGCCUCAACCCCAUCUACAGACAGGUGCCUCGUGUGGUGGAGCGGUGCUGCGCUCACAUCGAGACGCACGGUCUUCAGACUGUUGGCAUCUUCAGAGUUGGCAGCUCAAAGAAAAGAGUGAGACAGCUGCGUGAGGACUUUGACGUGGGCGUGGACGUCCAGCUGGACGAGGAGCACAGUGUCCAUGAUGUAGCCGCGCUGCUGAAAGAGUUCCUCAGGGACAUGCCUGACCCGCUGCUGCCCAGAGAGCUGUACCCCGCUUUUCUACACGCCAACCUGCUGAGAGGAGCCGAGCAGUUCCAGUACCUGCAGCACCUCCUCUACCUGCUGCCCCCCUGUAACUGUGACACGCUGCUGCGCCUCCUCACUCUCUUACACACCGUGCAGAGCUUCGCCCAGGACGGUGUCGGGCCCAACGAAGAGGAGAUAACAGGCAACAAGAUGACCGCUGCUAACCUGGCUGUCAUUUUUGGACCAAACCUGCUGCAGCGAGAACGAGGCGGCGACUUGAGUCCUCAGGCGAUGGGAAUCGAGGACAGCACAGCCAUCAUCAGCGUCACCCUGGUGCUGAUCCAGAACUACCGGAGGCUUUUCAUGGUUUCUGCGGAGCUACAGCAGGAGGUUCUGAUGAGUCUGAUCCAGACUGACCCAGACAUCAUUGACUAUCUUCUCCGCAGAAAACUCAGUGGCAGUCAUCUGACAGUGGAGGGCACCGGUGAGUCCGGGAGACGACGGGACACAGGAGCAUCUUUGGACUCGGUGGGGGCCUCCAGUGGAAGUCUGUCUCCCCUGGAGGCCCCAACACCUCUGUUCCCACCUGACGGCAGCGGCAGGGAGAGCAGCUUGACCACAGAGGUUUUCCUCAAUGUACUCAAACUCAACCAGAACAGAAAGCGGCAGGAGGCCCGAAACGGUGACACCCCAGCAGGUAAAUCCAUCCGCCACAUGCGGCAGUUCCACUCCCACCACAACCUGCUCAGCCUGACCCACCACUCCAGCUCAUCCUCGCGACAACACAGUUGCGACCAGGAGGCUCAGGAGCACCGGAGUCCGCUGAGCACAGCACUGAGCUUUAGCUUUGGAGUCGGCAGCUGCUCCAACCUCAGCGGCUCCACCGACAGCAGCAGCAGCUGCGUGUGGGUGAGGCAGAGUCCACAGGAGGAGAGCAAGGCCUCCUCUAACUUCUGGGACUUCUUCACCGGGAAAGGCUCUGGAUCUGAGACCAUGGUAUGAUGGGGACCAGGAAUGAGGAGCCAGUGUGUUACACUUGCAACAUCUGUUAAUAUUUCUUCACCCUCACCCUUGAAAAUACUCUUUUCCAUGGCCACCAAACACUGUGAUCAUCAUAGAUCACAGGCACAAGGAGACGUUUUAAAACCAGCACCUCCAGCCAGGUCUGCUGGGAGGUAAAAUAAACAGAAAUUGUGUAGUGUAAUGCCAAAAACAUUUUUCACUCAACACAAUUCAUGUAAAAUUCAAAUUGACAAGUUGAACGACAAAUUUCAUAAUACCAAUAUAGUUCUGAGAAAUACAAUCUUUCUGUCUCAAAAAGAGUGUGUCAAUUAAUCCAGUGAGCAACAGUACUUUCUAGUGCGCGUCAUCAGUCUGUUUUUCAAGUUGCUUUGAUCAAGUACAUCAUAUCACAGGUUGCAUAUUUAAUAUUCAUUCUUUCGGGUUAGAGGGCAGUUAUGACUUGAGAUGCAUGUGUGUGUGUGUGGAUGCCAGCAGGGUUUUAAAAGUAAAAAACAUGUAGAUGAGGUAAACAUUUUUAAAAAGUUUUUUUACAGGAAGAUGUGUACAAUAUUAUUUUGGAUGGACUGAUACUUGUCAUGUAAGUAUGUGAGCAUCUACUCUUGUCGCGGACACAGCCAUUUUGCUCCUUCAGCCAUGCAGUUUGCUCAGAAUGCCUUUAGUUACCUAAAUAUGAGUCUGUAAAAUCUUCCGGCUCGUGUUUGUUGUCUGAAUAAAGAUGCUAA